CUCCCGGCACAAGGACACUUCAGUGACGUCAGCUCGAGCGAGAAGGAAGCGGAGCGCUCGCUGGAAGCUGUCACACACAGGAGUUGUCGCGAAAGCAGGAGAAACCCUUUCCGCACGUGCGUACCCAACUGUUGCGCUACCCGGACAAACGACAAGGCAGAAAAACAACGUUAUAUUUAUCUGACAGCAACUUCCACAUACUCUACGGGGAAUUAUUCUCUCCUCUUUGUGCGAUGGCUGAUAUCAUACAAAGCAACGAGCAGUCCACAUCUGACGUUGCAAAUCGAUUCGCACGUAAAGGUGCUUUGAGGCAGAAAAACGUCCAUGAAGUGAAAAACCACAAAUUUAUUGCGAGGUUUUUCAAGCAGCCGACUUUCUGCAGUCACUGCACUGAAUUUAUUUGGGGGUUUGGAAAGCAAGGCUUUCAGUGCCAAGUGUGCUGCUUUGUGGUCCAUAAACGUUGCCAUGAAUUUGUCACAUUCUCAUGCCCUGGAGCUGAUAAAGGGCCAGACACAGAUGACCCUAGGAGCAAGCACAAAUUUAAGAUUCACACCUAUGGCAGUCCCACAUUCUGUGACCACUGUGGAUCUCUUCUAUAUGGACUCAUACACCAAGGAAUGAAAUGUGACUCCUGUGAUAUGAAUGUCCAUAAGCAGUGUGUGAUGAACGUUCCAAGCCUUUGUGGAAUGGACCACACAGAGAGACGAGGACGUCUUUACUUGAAGAUUGAGGUGAUAGAAGACAAAAUGCGUGUCACAGUGGGGGAAGGCAAGAAUAUGAUUCCAAUGGACCCAAAUGGAUUGUCUGAUCCAUAUGUAAAACUCAAGUUGAUUCCAGACCCUAAAAAUGAGACAAAACAGAAAACGAAAACCAUCCGUUCUACUCUGAAUCCGGCUUGGAACGAGUCAUUUACAUUUAAACUGAAGCCAACAGAUAAGGACCGUCGGCUGUCUGUGGAGGUGUGGGACUGGGACAGAACCACCCGUAAUGAUUUCAUGGGCUCAAUGUCUUUUGGUGUAUCUGAGCUCAUGAAAUCCUCAGUGUGUGGAUGGUAUAAAAUUUUAAACCAGGAUGAGGGGGAGUACUACAAUGUGCCAAUUCCAGAUGAAGAUGAUGAGGAUACUGAGCUCCGACAGAAGUUUGAGAAAGCCAAAUUGGGUCCAUCCAAAAGAGCCACCACCCCUUUGGACGACAGUGGGUCCACUUUACCCUCAAGCAGUUUGGACAGAGUUAGACUCACAGACUUUAAUUUCUUGGCAGUAUUGGGAAAAGGCAGUUUUGGAAAGGUGAUGCUGGCUGAGAUGAAGUCUACUGGUGAACUAUAUGCUAUAAAGAUCCUUAAGAAGGAUGUGGUCAUCCAGGAUGAUGAUGUUGAAUGCACCAUGGUGGAGAAGCGGGUUCUGGCUCAGCAGGACAAACCUCCAUUCCUCACCCAGCUUCACUCCUGCUUUCAGACUGUGGAUCGUCUGUAUUUCGUGAUGGAGUAUGUUAAUGGUGGUGAUCUGAUGUACCACAUCCAGCAAGUAGGCAAAUUUAAGGAGCCACAAGCAGUGUUCUAUGCUGCAGAGAUUGCUGUUGGACUUUUUUUCUUGCACAAGAAAGGAAUCAUAUACAGGGAUCUGAAAUUAGACAAUGUCAUGCUGGAUGCAGAGGGUCAUAUUAAGAUUGCAGACUUCGGUAUGUGCAAGGAGAACAUUGUGGAGGGUGUGACCACCCGUACAUUUUGUGGAACGCCAGACUACAUUGCUCCAGAGAUAAUAGCAUAUCAGCCGUAUGGCCGUUCUGUGGACUGGUGGGCUUAUGGAGUGCUGCUGUACGAGAUGCUGGCCGGACAGCCUCCAUUUGAUGGUGAGGAUGAAGACGAACUUUUUCAAUCCAUCAUGGAGCACAACGUCUCUUACCCUAAAUCUAUGUCCAAAGAAGCAGUUUCCAUCUGCAAAGGGAUGAUGACAAAACACUCUUCAAAGCGUCUGGGCUGCAGCCCAGAGGGGGAAAGAGAUAUCAGGGAACAUGCUUUCUUCCGCCGGAUUGACUGGGAACGUCUGGAAAACAGAGAAAUACAGCCUCCAUUCAAACCCAAAGUGUGUGGAAAGGGGGCAGAGAACUUUGACAAGUUCUUCACACGCACACAGCCACAACUGACCCCUCCUGAUGAGCUGGUUAUCGCCAACAUCGACCAGGCUGAAUUUGAUGGAUUUUCCUUCAUCAAUCCUCAAUUCAUCCAUCCCUCCAUCAUCAACAGUGAAUAAAAUGGAAAAAAGAGGGAAUGAAUGUCGAUCUACCUACUACCACAAAGCUCUGCCCUUGCCUUUACCCUUUUAUCUAACAAAUGUUAAAUCAAAACCACAACUCACGUCUUAAAUCAUGUCCAGGUUUUUUUCUUUUGUUUGUUUUUUGUUUCUUUUUAUCUAGUUAUUCUUCUUCACUUUUUCACAUCAUUUCAAUGUAGGCCAGUCAAAGAGUUUACCUUAAUGAUUGAAAACAGAUUGAAAGAUUUUUUU